UUAGAGAUGACUAUGCAAGAUUCUCUUGCUCAAACAACCCAGAAUAACCCUUUCUCUGUUAAGUCACUGCUUAGACCGAAGUCAUUUUUCCCAUCAAACUGUCGCGGAUUAUUCAAUAAUUCAAGCCGUGGCCAAUUAAUAACCUGCGAGCCUUCGUUCGCUCGCAUAGCUGACGUUUAAGACGGUGCGGACGUUAACGAAACGCACCGCGAGGGAUGCUCUUCAUGCAAAAUCCAGUGUUGGAUAAAAGCCUAUAGGAAUCGUCGUGGGUGGGUCGCGUUGCAUAUUAACAACCCCAGAGUUUGCAUCCAACACUGGGUGAGACAGGAGGAACAUUUUAACGCACCGUCGACAGGGAGCGUCUAUUUGGGUGCAAAGCGGGAUGAGAGCGAAGCGUGCAGAGGGGCUCGGGCGCCCAUGCGUGUUACGCUGCAGCGUGAGAAUCGGCACUUCGCGAGAGGAAUACAAAUAAAUAAACCGAACGGGAAUACGACACUCGUUUUGUGGAAUGAUUAUUCUCGCGCUUCUCUGAAGUAGGGAAAGGGGUCUGGGUGUAUGUUAAUGAGACAGCAAGAUUUAUAGCUUUUGUUCAGUGGAAACGGCUUCGGGGAUUCCUCAUGCACCGCGGAAUUUCACUCCAGAUGACGAGCGAGCGAAGCCGGAAUAAGGAGCGCCUGGAGGCCAGUCUGACCUGGCUGUGUGAGCUGGAGCUACUCAAACAGAGACAGGAGAGUCUCGUCCUGGGUGCCUUGUCCCUUGGGGACACGGUUCCGGGAUGCCCAGCAUGGGGCGACCUUCAGCCGGCCCGCUCCGCCGAAUCGGGUCCCAGCAGAGAGCAGGAGGACUUGACUUUGAGACGGCAGCUGAACCACCUCCAGGGUGCCCCCAAUGGGCUGAUGGUGGUACUGCAGCAGCAGCUCGGUGAGCUGAGGGCAGAUGCAUGUGACCACGGUGCUGAUGAAGACCUGGACAGUCCCUCCAGCUCAGGUUUUUAUGAGCAGAGUGAAAUUCAGUCCCCCCCAAGGCGAUCAAGCUCUUGCAGUCUCCUCCCCAGCAGUCACAGGCCCAGCUGCGUGGAUGCCUACAUGUUGGACUGGGAGGCACAGAGGGAAUCCCCUCCACGUGCUGCCUUGCCCCGUUCCUUUUCUGCCCCCUACCCGCCUCUAGAGGGCAUCGCAGAGGGAACCGAGGAGGAAGACGAUGAUGAAGAUGGAGUGGUGAAUGGAGAACCUAUAAACGGGCCUGAAACGGGCCCCGCGGAUGAGGGCGUCUCUGUGGAGGCCGAGGUGGGCUCUGCGGCGGAGGCGGAUGAGGGCCCCACAGCGGAGGACAUUCAGCAGGCGUUGCGGGUGGAGGCCUACAUCCUGGGGCUCCUGCAGCGCUGCUCCAUCGGUGCCCCUGCCAGCUCCUCAGCAGGGCUCACUACAUCCAACCACUGGCCAGAACUCCACCCGUAUCCAUCCAUCACGCCCAGCUAUUGCAACCCCCCACCCAACCACUCAGAGUGGCAGGAGUGGAGCGCUCUCGGUGAGGAGGAGGAUGGCGGAGAGGACUCUCAAGGGGGGUACUACAUGUCCCACCUGGAAGCCCAGGCUGAGCCCUCCUCCCUGGGAUGUGAAGAUGCAGAGUCCUCCCUGGAGAUGGAGCCGUAUGGAGCCAUGGAGCCCCGUAGCAGCAGUCAGGUUGACUCACUUCAGCACCAAAGGGGCUACCUCGAGCACCGCCCUGCAGCCUUGGACUCUCGGGGUUCCCAUUACAUCCGUACCUGUGUGUCUCCACCUUUAACCCCUGAAGAAUCUGUCGAAGAGGAGUGGGCACCUCGGUCGCUGGAGCAGGAGCCGCCACGGCCUUUACCCAGAAUGCAUCAGGAGGAAUGGUGGACGUCGGCCAGGGAGAUGCACCCCAAGACAGCCAGUCGAUCCCAAUCCGAAGGUAGCUUCCCACCCCGAGGGUGGAGCGUCCAAUCAGAACACAGAUACCAUACCGUGGGGCGGGGUACAGGUGGAGACCGUGCUGAUGAAGAUUAUCUGUCCAAGCGGCGUCUCUGGAGCUCCUCGGCUGACCUUAGUCAAGAGGAGGAGGAGCCAGCGCUCAGAGGGGAGGAGCACUUGCACGCACACAUACGCCCACCCUGUCACACCUUCCCACAUGCCUACACUCAGUACUCGGAUCAGGCCCAGCGCCAGGGAGCGGGGCUGAGCGGCAGAGUGGCCCAGGCUGACGGCUCCGACUCCAGCCUAAGCGAGACGUGCUCCCCGGGUUCCAGCUCCGUGUCCAGCGACUCAGACGAGAGCGGCGGCCUCGUGUGGCCCCAGCGGCUGCCCCCACGCUUGCCCCCCUCCUCCCAGAGCACCCCCGGGGCCGUGGUGAAGGUCAAAGCCUCACAUGCGCUUAAGAGGAAGAUCUUGCGUUUCCGCUCUAGCUCGCUCAAGGUCAUGACUACUGUCUGAUCCUAGUCUGAUUUCAGUCUCCCAGCCGCGACUCGUGCUGCGAGGUGAGCUCUCAGCUGGACAGACCGUGACACUACAAAACCCCUCCGUCCGAACCUGGGUGCGAUGUCUGUAUGAUAUGUGGAGAGAGUGACACCUCUGCUUCAGUUUAGCCAGCUCCAUUAAGCUGGAGCAUCGCUGACACAUACACACUCUUGUUUCUCUGCGUGAGAAAGACGAAGCACUGUCCUCAUCCGGACUGUUCUCUUUUGGCUGUUCUCAUCUGGACUGUUCUCACCUGCCCUAUUCUCAUCAGAAACUGUUCUCUUUUGACUGCCCUCAUCCAGACUGGUUUUUUUUGGCUGUUCUCAUCUGGACUGUUCUCACCUGCCCUAUUCUCAUCGGAAACUGUUCUCUUUUGAUUGUCCUCAUCCGGACUGUUCUCUUUUGGCUGUUCUCAUCUGGACUGUUCCCUCUGGGCACCCAUACCUCAGACUCAAAAGAUGCCACUGACUGAGAUGCCGUCAUGCUGCUGAAUCUAAUGUUGAUGUCAUAUCCUGUCCUGGGAUACAGACAUAGACAUUCCACUGCACCUUAUCAACCUUUUCCUCGUGAUGUUAUUCACCUGCAGUCCCUCCUUGAUGCGCUGGCGAAUAUGACUCUCUACUACACCUACAGAACACAAAUGCCAAAUUCAUUCUUUCAGUGCUGAAUUUACUUUUAAAUGAUUCAUUUAAGAUAAGAUAAACACUGCAAACGCUUAUUGAAGGUUGCAUAAUAAAAUACAGAGAUAUGAAUUAUUUGAUCAUGAAUGUCCUUUAAACCCAGGUUUUUAAUGCCGCUGUCACCAAUGAUUCAACCAGUUUCAAACGGCAUGUCUGUUGUGCGCUUCAGCAGAUAUUUAAGCACUCUGUUUAAUCCCCUGUUAGUUGUUUUGUUAUGCACUCUUCAGCUGUAUACUGGAUAUUGACAUAGAGAAUCCUAAGUACCGAGCAGUGUUGUUUUUAUUAUUUAGUUUACAGUGUAAUUACCAUGUGCUGGUCAGACAUAUGCAGUGUACCUUAUAAGGACAUGGUCUGAACGGUGCACCAGAUGUUGGCUAGGCUUGUGUCAGAAUUCCCAGUGAAACCUCUCUUGGCAGAUGGAUCCAGCUUGCUCUGCGUGCCGGUGAAGUGAAUAUUUGUGCACUGCACAGACUUCCCGGGUUUGACGUAAGCCUAGCCAUCCUCGAACGCACCUGUGGAAUUGCUGGUGUGGAUUCUCCGAGCGCUUGUAAGACCACUUAACCUGGAGCGGGGAUUUCAGAUGUGUCUGUCUUGCUAUAGCACUGCCAGCCUCUAUAUGGGGGUUUAGUCAUGCCUUCCGCUGUAGAAAUCUGUACAUAAAUCAUCCUCCGGCCUGCCAUUGCUGUGAAUGCCUUGUAGUUGUAGUGUACACUUACUGUACAUACUGAAGUACGGAACUGCCUGCAUUUGUUAUGUGAGCUUUGGUCUUUGUCAGGUAGCGUUUUAGAGGUGUCUUUUCUAGUGUUUGGAAAACCUUUUUUGUUCCUUGGAACUGCAUGUUGAUAAUAAACUUUAUUUAUUAA